AUGGCAACAUUACUGCCCACCAGUACCUCGCUGCCCUUGAUCAAGCUACCUCAUCCUUACCUCACUGUAUAUCGAAUCAACGAAGACUCCAACAAGUUCAGCUUGGACUUCCAGGAUCAACCUUCGAUUGGGCAAGCUCCAGCAGAAGCGCUUCAUCACCAAGGUCUACGAUGGCAUGCGUUCACAACCAAAAGCGACAACGAACUACCACUUCCAAAGGACAACAGCGCAUGGGCUCGAGCAUGUCGAAGCCCUCAGACAACUUUUGAAUGGGCAGAGGAUACAGCGACACCUUCGCUCGCGCAAAUAUGGAAUCUGUGCCACGCAAUCUUCGUAGCACACCCUACCCAUGAGAAGUUCAGGCUCGUACUGCAAGGUAGCGAGUCGAAUCUCAUUCGACAUGAGCUUCUCUGCACAGGCCUAGCAAUCGAGCAUCCCAAGCCAUGGCACACGGCUUCGGAGAUCGUGACACCGUUCACGGAGGAGCUGCUCAUCCUUCGAAGCGCGUUCUGGCAGGGCGCAGCAUCACCAUUCGGCCCUCGACCCAUCUGGGUGAUCGGCGUAAAUACGGACGGUCCUCUCCGAAAGCCUCUGGCGGACUUCCCGCCUAUGCCUCAAGAAUAUCAACUUACGAUGAAGUUUCCGAGAGAAGCUGUUUAUGCACGACAUCCCGUCCGACGACCAAAGCCUCACCCCGGAAGCAUUGUGUAUAGCAGGUAUAUCCCAGAGGUAGAGGAGCAUUUCUCACUUGAGGUGGUGGAUUGGACCAACGCCGAUCAUCUCCGUCUCUUCAAUCAAUGGCAGAACGAUCCUCGUGUCGCGAAAGGAUGGAACGAGACCGGGACGUUGGAACAGCAUCAAAGCUAUCUGCGCAAUCUGCAUUUCGAUCCACACGUUUUGUGCCUCUUUGGUCGGUUCGAUGAGAAACGGUUUGCGUAUUUCGAGCUGUACUGGGCGAAGGAAGACCACUAUGGCGCGCACUAUGCUGCAGGCGACUACGAUCGAGGCCGACAUUCGCUUGUGGGUGAUGAAAGUCUGCGAGGUGCUCAUCGGGUCAAUGCCUGGUACUCUUCCUGCAUUCAUUACCUUUUCCUGGACGACCCAAGGAUGGAUAAUGCGGUAGGCGAACCCAAGGCUACAGGCGGAACAAUCCUCUCCUAUGAGAACGCGCAAGGGUUGACAAUCGGUUCCUAUGUGGAUCUGGGCCACAAAAGAUCGGUUCAUUCCAUCUGCAGCCGGGAGAAAUGGUUCCAGCUAUGCCCAUUGUUCUGGGAUGGGCGGAAGAAGCCUCUUGAGUCGGCGGACAGAGCUGCUUGGAACGCGAAGCUCUAG